UUAAUGCCCCAGGGUGGAGGGUUUGUCAGGUUCUGGCUCAGGUGCGGAGCUGCUCGGUGUCAGGCACGCCGUGCGUUUGACCUGCGAGCGAGCGAAGGCGUUUUGAAGCCCUUGAGGACACCCCGAGGAGGGUUUGGUUACCCGCUGUUUGCAGACACCGAAUUAAUCUCUGCCCUCUGGGGAGCUGUGCGUGGCCAGGCACGACCUUCCCUCUGCCUCUCCGGCACAGCUGAUCCCGGGUUUACCGUGUUUGCAGAGGGAAGGGCCGGUCACCGAUGACUCUUUUCCUGAAACAGGGAGGAAUGUUUCACCCAGUGGGAAGCCUGAAGGAGCAGUGCCGAUUUUGGAAGGACGUUCUAUUUUUUUAUUAAAAAGCACCUGAACGUCAGAGGAACUUAAGGAUACGUGGAGACAGAGAUAAGUUGUUGACAAAUCAGCAGUUAACAAAGGUGGAGUGAAGAAUUUGCCACGUGGAGACUGAAGGUAUAUGAGAAUAAAAACCUACAGGGGAGAUCAGCGCAGCAGAUAUUACACAUUUUUUUUUACCUGCCAUCCCACGGCUUCAAGAGGAUCUCUUUGUUACACGUUCAGAAGAAAACACUGUCACAAGUCCGUAGUUGUGUCACCUACAGUUUGGUACCAGCUGUAGUGUAGAUGGCUCAGCUUCCUCCUGGGAUUCGUUUCAUCACUUCAUUUUCACGAGAUCAGUGGUAUAGAGCCUUCAUUUUCUCUCUCACUUUCCUGCUGUAUGCCAGCUUCCAUUUGUCAAGGAAACCUAUUAGUAUAGUUAAGGGAGAGCUGCAUAAGCAUUGUGCUGCUUCACGUGAAGUUGAACUUGACUCCUACAAAGAAUAUGCUGCCCAGAUUCAGCCUGUCAAAAAGCCAUUUAACGCCUCUCAAUGUGGUUGGGAGCCAUUUGAUAAGAACAACUACAAACAGUUACUGGGAGCGCUGGAUUACUCGUUUUUGUGUGCAUAUGCAGUUGGAAUGUAUUUAAGCGGACUGAUAGGAGAGCGGCUGCCUAUCCGGUACUACCUGACGGGUGGGAUGCUCGCCAGUGGACUCUUCACUGCCAUGUUUGGAUUGGGUUAUUUCUAUAACAUACAUAAUCUGUGGUUCUACAUAAUGGCCCAGAUAGCAAAUGGGUUGGUGCAAACUACUGGCUGGCCGAGUGUCGUUACAUGUAUUGGCAACUGGUUUGGAAAAGGAAGGAGAGGUUUGAUCAUGGGAAUCUGGAAUUCACACACUUCGGUGGGAAAUAUCCUGGGAUCCUUAAUUGCUGCUUACUGGGUGUCCACGUGCUGGGGUCUCUCCUUCGUGAUGCCCGGAGUCAUCGUUGCUGUGAUGGGCAUUGUUUGCUUCCUGUUCCUCAUUGAGCAUCCUAAGGAUGUAAGUUGCUCCUGCACACCAUCCAGUAGUUCUAAAACCUUCCUGAACGGUGCAUCUCGAUGCAGAAUCCAGAUGCCGACCUUAAAUGCUAAGGAAAAUGGCAAACCUCAGCAGGAUCCGGAGGUGCAGCAUUUGCUUACUGACAGUGAAAACUGCAGCGUGUCCCUGAAUUCCAGCGGGGAAGGAAGACAUGGGACAUCAGCAAUCAGCUUCCUUGGGGCCUUGAGAAUACCUGGAGUUGUAGAGUUCUCCCUUUGUCUUCUGUUUGCAAAGCUGGUGAGCUACACUUUCCUCUUCUGGCUUCCCCUCUAUAUCACAAAUGUAGAGCAUCUUGAUGCCAAAAGAGCUGGGGACCUUUCUACGCUGUUUGAUGUGGGUGGAAUCUUUGGUGGAAUUUUGGCAGGUCUCAUUUCAGACAGGCUGGAGAAGAGGGCGUCAACCUGUGGGAUGAUGUUAUUGCUGGCAGCACCCACGUUGUACAUGUUCUCUACAGUCAGUAAAAUGGGGCUUGAGGCCACUGUGGUGAUGCUGCUUAUCAGUGGUGCCCUGGUGAAUGGCCCUUACGCCCUGAUCACCACUGCUGUCUCUGCUGACUUGGGUACCCACAAAAGCCUGAAAGGGAACGCAAGAGCCUUGUCCACAGUGACGGCGAUUAUCGAUGGAACUGGAUCUGUAGGUGCAGCUUUGGGACCUCUCUUGGCUGGUCUUAUUUCCCCAUCUGGUUGGAACAACGUGUUUUACAUGCUCAUGGUGGCAGAUGCAUGUGCCUUGCUACUCUUACUCCGUCUUAUUCAGAAGGAGCUUCAGUGUGAUGCAGAUCACACCCUGUUUAAAGAGCACUGAGCUACGAGAGCAGAGCUGGACUAAGGACUGUGUCGGUGGUCGGAGCUCUUCCCUGAAAAUCCAAACUUCAUGGGAUGAAUUAUUCUCUCUUUAAGAGGUUCUGUUUGGUGAAGAACUUUGCACCUUUACAGGAAGCAAUGUGAGAAACGCAGCUGGUGAAUCCCUGAAGCUCUUUAUUUUUGCACAUGAGUAAGUACCUCAGGAUGGCAACUGUUCAUCAGAGGAAGAGACAGGAACCUUGGGAAGGUUUUAGCAGCACGCCUCAACUGAGCCAAAGAGAAAUACCAAGUGCCUUUUUUAUUUCUUUUUGAUAGGAUGUUUUUAAUUAAAAUUAUGAACUGCCUAUUUGCCAAAAAUCAAGGCAAAACUAGAGCAGAAGGAAGUUGAAAUUGUACCAGCCUGGCAGUGGCUGUCCCAGUGUCAGUGAGUGAAGUAUGUGUCUCUUAUGUCAUCUUGUGUACAUUGAGGGCAUCACUGCAUAGAGGGCAAUUUCAGCUGGUUAUUAAGAUGUGCUGCUGUUAGUAUUUUGAAGCUGCUCAGACAGCAGCCACCCACUGUAUUAUUAGUUUUUAACUACAGUACUGCUUCCCAAGGACAACAUCCAGCCUUUUGGUAGGUAAUGGAAUUUACUGUUGCCAUGUACUGCAGUUAGCAGUUUUCACAGAUUCUCUGGGUGAGUGUUAGUCCUCAAUUAGGAUUGUGCAAAAGAAAAAAAACAAACAAACAAAAA